CAAUCAUCUGCGGUAAUUCUGAAGCACGUCACAUUGCGGAAGUAAACAACAGUCUUGUGAUUCCCCUGUCUGUAAUGUUUAGAUUGGUAAAUUCUUCUAGAUCUGAUGGCUCGCAAAUACCUGAUCUAAGGGAUUUAUACGAAUGAAAAAUAAUCCAUCAAGAAGCAUCAUUGAAUCGAGAGCAAAGCCAAUGCAUCUGAAACCGAUCAAGAUGGCUGUGGUGCAUCGACCACUGUGCCUUCAGUCUUUCCCCGUUCUGUUCUGGACGUGUUCACUGCUGCUGGUCGGCUGUGGGUGUGUACCCAUGCAGAGAGACAUGGCGAAAGAGGUGGCGAGCUACACUGACGUAGCCAAUCAGAUCAUCAAGCUGGUGUUGUCCGGCUCCGCCCAGAAGCGCUCUUAUGAACGCCUGUCCAACUUCACGGACGCCAUCGGCAACCGAGUCAGUGGCUCCCACAACUUGGAACUGGCCAUUGCAUACAUGUACAACGCCAUGAGCCAAGAUGGCCUGGAUGUACAUUUAGAGCCGGUUAAGGUCCCCCACUGGGUGAGAGGAGAGGAGGGGGCUGAGAUGGUUCUGCCGAGGCCCAAGACGCUGGCCAUGCUGGGGCUGGGCAGCAGCGUGGGGACCCCCCCUGAAGGCAUCGAGGCGGAGGUGGUGGUGGUGAGCUCCUUCGAGGACCUGAAGAGCCGCCGGGCCAACGUCUCGGGCAGGAUCGUGGUGUUCAACCAGCCCUUCGUCAGCUACGGCGAGACGGUGGCGUACCGGGCCUUCGGCGCGUCGGAGGCCGCCAAGCUAGGCGCCGUGGCCGCGCUAAUCCGCUCCGUCACCCCGGUGUCCAUCAACAGCCCCCACACAGGCGUCCAGGACUACCAGGAGGGGGUGCGGCGCAUCCCGGCGGCCUGCAUCACGGUGGAGGACGCCCAGCUCAUGGCGCGCAUGGCGGCCAGGGGACAGCGGGUGGUGGUCCGGCUGAACAUGGGGGCCAAGACGCUGCCGGACGCCGACUCCUUCAACACGGUGGCGGAGAUCAGGGGCUGGCAGCACCCUGAACAGGUAGUCGUGCUCAGUGGUCACUUGGACAGUUGGGACGUGGGGCAGGGGGCCAUGGACGAUGGGGGAGGAGCCAUCAUCUCCUGGGAGGCCCUGUCUGUCAUCAAGGACCUAGGCCUGCGUCCCCGCAGGACCCUGAGAGCCGUUCUGUGGACGGCAGAGGAGCAGGGCGGGGUCGGAGCCCAGCAGUACUACCAGAGACACAAGGCCAACAUCUCCAACUUUGACCUGGUCAUGGAGUCCGACUUGGGGACCUUCGCUCCAGUGGCCUUGCAGUUUACGGGCAGCCCAGCAGCUCAGAAGGUGAUGCAGGAGGUGGUCCAGCUCUUGGCCCCCCUGAAUACGACGCGGCUGGAGCCCCACGGAGAGGGCACCGACAUCGGCCCCUGGAUGCAGGCUGGGGUGCCAGGUGCGAGUCUCCACGUUGAGGACGACCGGUACUUUUGGUUCCACCACUCGGAGGCGGACACCAUGAGCGUCCAGAGCCCCGGCGCUAUGGACCGCUGCUCGGCAUUGUGGGCCGUGGUGGCCUACGUGGUUGCAGAUCUGCAGGACAUGCUCCCCAGAUAGCCAAUCACAACGGGGCAGGCCACCCCGGCCAUCAAUCAACCACCCUAGGGAAUAAUUAGCAUUGGCUGAUAAUUAGCUUUCGGUUCUUAUUAAAUUCCCAUGGUAGUUUUCAUUUUUAAUAAGGAUUUUGAGUUGUCAAGCCUAAAUACUUUUUUAUUUGGUUGAUAAGAGUGGCCACACCAAAGCACGAUUACUAGAUUAAAAACGUUUUUUUUUUAUUUAUUUUUAUUUUUUAUUAUUCAACCUGUAGUCUGUGAUUUCCCAUGUUACAUGAUCUUUUACAGAAAUGGUGUACUUUAUUUGUGGACCUAUUCCCUGCUGUUGUCUUUUUGUAUUAAGGUUCACUUGUAAACAGGGUUCGAAAGUAUUAUCGGACAGUGAUUUAUUUCGUGAUUAAGAUUUGUACUUUUGGUACUACAAUAUCGAGCAGAUCACGACUUAAGCAACUUUUUGGCUAUUGAAACGCACUGACCUGCUAUAGUACGCUGCUUUUUAUCAGCAUUUAUUUGCAAGAUCAGCAAUCAUGGCCGAAUUUGUUAUCGGGCCAUGAUGCUCGAGAUCUUACAGGACAUGUAAACAAGUAUUCUGCUUUUUAUGUUUGGCUAUCGCAUAAUUAGCGCCAACAAGGAAGUAAUACACAUUGACGGGAACAUAGUUAGUAAUAUUAUCAGGGUUAUCAAACGGAUUGGGUCCAUUGUGCAUUCAUUCAGGUUUUCCGACAUUAGACGUAAGCCGGUAAUUUAUCGUCCUUAUCUUUCUUUUAGAAGGUCCCUUUCAGGUCGACUACUGUGUAAAACUAGCCUGCAAACUAGAGUCUAAUCUGCAAACUCAUGUUUUAGUUGCCCUUGCCAACUUUCUGGCCCAGUACUGUUUUGAGAGAUUUCUAUCACAAUCAAUUUUAAGAAAAUACAAUCUAUCGAGCUAGGAAAACAUGAUUAGGUACAAAAACGCAUGUCUCUUCUACAAAAUCAUACAUGGCAUAUCCCCUCCUCCACUCAGAAUUUGUUAAUUAUUGAACUCAUCCACAUCGGAUCACAAUAGCAGUCACGAGUGGGAACUGCAUUAUUCCAUUAAGGAAAAGUGCCUUUAAAAGUGCCUCGAUGCUUUGGUGGGCUACUGCUUCGAUGUCUAACACAUCUGAUGUUUCUAUAAGUCCUAGUCUAUCUUUUUAUUUGUAUUUGUCUGAUGCUGGCUCUUGUUUGUCCUGCAUGAUUUAUGUAUUUUAUGGCUUAAACUACUGAAUACUUGUAUGUGGUUAUAAUUAAUGUUUUAUCUGUUGCUUUUAUCUUAGUUAAUGUGUUGUGUUUUUUUUAUCUUCUUGUUAUUUGUUAUUUGCUUUUUAGGGAGCCUAUUGUUACAUCUGGCCAAGGACUGCAGAUGGCAACUAGCCAUUUGGCUAAAUCUGGCAUAUUUACAGAAAUGUUUAUUAAGAUGCAUUGUCCCUUCGAAUAAAUAGAAAUAAAAAGCA